GUGUACAGCUUCAGAGUUCUCGGGAUCUGUGCGCGUUCUCCUCCUGUGAAGUAGUGGAACAGAUCAAACGAGGAUAAAUUGUGGAUUUGUCAAACGGGACGCUCAGGAUGCGGAAACAACAACAACAGUCUGGAUUUUAACAAAGUGGAUAUUUUUUACGCGCGCCAGGAGAAACAUGAGGAGGUUCAGGAGAAAAAGAAAAUGUUUCCACUUGGAGUGACAUCCAAACACCCUAAAGUUUGAAGUCUUUUGGGACAAUCGGUGUGGAAUUAACGGUCAUUAUGUCAAAAGUCAUCCAGAGGAAGAACCACUGGAUCACCAAAGUGAACGAGUGCGCGCUUCUGCGGGACGCCUGCGGGAAGCUGCACGUGGAACUGCGCGGCGGAGCCGAGAAUGGAGAAUUUCCCUACAUUGGACAAGUCCAAGAGGAUGCUGUGCUUUACCAGGAGGGUCAGAUCUGUGAAGGAGAGCUACUCCUGGAAGUGGAGGGUCUGUCCGUGUCUGGAUUACCGCUAUAUGACAUUUUAUCUGUGAUUAACAGCUGCCAAGGCGCCGUCAGGCUCAAAACUGUGCGUCAAGGUCAUAAGCUAAACAAGGAUCUGAAGCACUUUCUGAGCCUGAGAUUCCAGAAGUCGUCCCCUGACCACGAGCUGCAGAAGAUCAUCCGGGCCAAUCUGUAUCGCCACGCUGUGCCUUGUACAACUCGCCCCCCUCGAAACGGAGAGGUCCCAGGGGUGGAUUACAACUUCUUAUCUGUGGAAGACUUCUUAGAACUUGAGAAGAGUGGCACACUCCUGGAAAUAGGAACGUAUGAAGGCAACUAUUAUGGGACCCCCAAGCCACCAAGGCAGCCCACCAUUGGGACAGUGAUUCUUAGUGAUGCAGGGUCCCAGCAGUCCACCCCAAAGCGCACCAAGUCCUACAAUGACAUGCAAAACGCACGAGUAGCGCUUGCUGACGACGACGAUGACGACCAGGCCACGGAAAUGAACAACAGUUUUACAGGUAACCCUAAUGACCAGGAUGAGAGCUGCGGCGGCAUCCUCCGACCAUACCCCGGGCGUGACAACGCUCCAUCCUGUGGUCUGAACAAUGCAGCCAUCUCCACUGCAGACAAUGGCCAGCAGACUCUCGCAGAACCGCAGGUCUCUCCAGAGGACCCACUGGGACUGCUUCCUGAAAACUGGGAGAUGGCGUACACUGAGAACGGAGAACUCUACUUCAUAGACCAUAACACAAAGACCACGUCAUGGCUGGACCCUAGAUGUCGAGACAAAACCCUCCGACCUUUGGAAGAAUGUGAUGAUGAUGAAGGGAUACAUACGGAGGAUCUGGAGAGUGAUUUAGAGUUGCCUCCAGGAUGGGAGAGAAUAGACGAUCCAGUGUACGGGGUGUAUUACGUUGAUCAUAUAAACAGGAAGACCCAGUAUGAGAACCCAGUGGUGGAGGCUCGGCGUAGAAAAAUCCUGGAUCAGCAGCAGCCGCAGCCUCCAGAAGAGUGGAUAGAGGAGCACUCCUCAGCAGCAGCUCCUUUGGCUAACUAUGCUCCCAACCACCUGGAGACGUACAGAGACCCACAGGUUCCACCAACGUUACCUCCUGGACCUGCCGGAAUGAAAAGAGGGAAACCUUUCUUCACCAGAAACCCAGCCGAAUUGAAAGGAACCUUCAUCAACACCAAGCUGAAGAAGAGUCGUCGCGGUUUUGGCUUCACUGUAGUUGGAGGCGACGAGCCAGAUGAGUUUCUACAAAUCAAAAGUUUGGUGUUAGAUGGGCCUGCAGCUGUGGAUGGGAAAAUGGAAACAGGAGAUGUGAUAGUCAGUGUAAAUGACACCAUUGUGCUGGGAUACACACACGCUCAAGUGGUGAAGAUCUUCCAGUCCAUCCCCAUCGGCUCCAUGGUGGACCUGGCCUUAUGCCGUGGUUAUCCUCUUCCUUUUGACCCUGACGACCCCAACACCAGCCUGGUGACCUCAGUGGCCAUCUUGGAUAAGGAGCCCAUUAUUGUUAAUGGCCAGGAGACGUACGAGUCACCUUCCGCCCAGGUUGGGCCUGUUAAUGGCAUGAGAGAGCCACGGCCGCAUAGCCCCUCAGCCGAAGUGGCCUCUAACAGUUCACACAGCUACUCCAGUGAUGUGGUCACCUUAGCCUCAUCCAUAGCUACCCAGCCUGAACUGAUCACGAUCCACAUGGAAAAGGGAGACAAAGGAUUUGGCUUCACUAUAGCUGACAGCCUGACCGGAGGAGGCCAGAGGGUGAAGCAGAUAGUGGACUAUCCACGUUGCCGUGGUCUAAAGGAGGGUGACAUUCUGAUGGAGGUGAAUAAAAGAAAUGUCCAAAACAUGAGCCACAACCAGGUGGUGGACCUGCUAAGCAAGUGUCCUCGAGGAAGUGAAGUCACCAUGCUGGUGCAAAGAGGAGUCGUGCCAGCCAAGAGGAGCCCAAAGCUGGUGCACCAAUUAGAGAGGAAAGACAGCCAGAACAGUUCUCAGCACAGCGUCUGCAGCCAUCGCAGCACCCACACCGAUUCUCCCAGCCACCCUCCCUCAGUCAUGCCCAGCGAGGUUGUGGCUCCCACCCCAGCUGCCCCCACCCAGCCUUUGCCAGGCCUGCCCCCUCAGGACCCUGCAGAUGGCAACCUCACUCUCCAGAAGAAACCGGAUCCAUUUAAGAUCUGGGCGCAGUCCAGAAGCAUGUACGAAAGCAGAUUGCCAGAUUGUCAGGAGCAGGACAUUUUUCUUUGGCGGAAGGAUACAGGAUUUGGCUUCCGUAUCCUAGGAGGCAAUGAACCUGGAGAGCCAAUCUACAUAGGGCACAUAGUGAAGUACGGGGCUGCAGAUGAGGAUGGGCGCUUGCGGUCAGGAGACGAGCUCAUCUGUGUGGACGGCACGGCUGUGGUGGGAAAGUCUCACCAGCUGGUAGUGCAGCUGAUGCAACAAGCUGCCAAACAGGGCCAUGUCAACCUCACUGUGAGACGCAAAACUUCUGGGUACGGAGUGUCAAAAGGAGAAGGCGAUGUUCCCCCAUCACCCGCCUCCUCCCACCACAGCAGCACCCAGGCACCCAGCCUGACCGAGGGUAAGCGGACCCCCCAGGGGAGCCAGAACUCACUCAACACUGUCAGCUCUGGCAGCGGAUCCACGAGUGGCAUAGGCAGUGGUGGAGGAGGUGGAAGUGGGAGCGCAGUGGUGCCUGCUAGCCUGCAGCCGUACGAUGUGGAGAUCCACCGCGGAGAGAAUGAGGGCUUUGGUUUUGUCAUUGUGUCAUCUGUUUCCAGGCCUGAUGCCAGCACCACCUUUGCUGGAAAUGCUUGUGUGGCGAUGCCCCACAAAAUAGGACGCAUCAUUGAGGGCAGCCCUGCGGACCGCUGUGGGAAGCUAAAAGUCGGGGACCGGAUCUUGGCUGUCAAUGGUUGCUCCAUUACCAACAAGUCACACUCGGACAUCGUCAACCUUAUUAAAGAAGCCGGAAAUACCGUCUCCCUCAGGAUCAUCCCAGGUGAUGAGUCUUCCAAUGCUUCUCUGCUGACCAAUGCUGAGAAGAUUGCUACCAUCACCACCACACACACACCUCAACAGUCCAGCAAUGAGUCUCGGAAUAACUCAAAAUCAAAAGGAGUUCCUCCUCCUCCAACACAAGCUCAGCCAACACAGGAUGCAGAGUUUUACUCUGUUGAUUUAGAGCGGGACAAUAAAGGCUUUGGUUUUAGCCUGCGAGGAGGAUGGGAGUACAACAUGGACCUUUACGUGUUGAGACUGGCUGAGGACGGGGCUGCUGUUAGAAAUGGCAAAAUGAGGGUGGGAGAUGAGAUCCUGGAAAUCAACGGUGAGAGCACAAAGAACAUGAAGCAUUCACGCGCCAUUGAACUGAUCAAGAAUGGGGGUCGGAGGGCACGACUUGUCCUCAAAAGGGGAGAUGGAUCUGUACCAGAAUACGACGGCAGCAGUGACGGGCACCCUCCCACACCCAGGCCACAAAACACUCCGGAAGUGAGAACGCUGCCACCCAACAGCCGAUAUCACGCCUCAUUGGAGUCCAGUUAUCCACCAGACCUUCACAAACCAUCACGCCAUGAGGAGGCUGUGCGUGGCCAAGACAGGAACAGGGACAGAGUUGGAUCAGAUCAGAUGGACUACAGAGGCUGGCAAUUUAACCCCCAACAUCAUCAAACCUGGAAUAAAAAUUACAGUCAAAACAUCGCCAGACAGCAGUCCCACAACAGCAGCAACAACAGUAGCAGUGGGAACAAGAAGAGCAGAGGCCGCAAAGUCAAGAAAUCCGAGUCAGAGAGUGGCAUCUCUAAACUCCUAAAGACUCUGAGGAAAGAUAACUCGGGGAAGAAGGGUGGGGUCACUGAGAAACUUAAGGGGCGAGAGCUCUCAAGCAGCAUUUCUACUUUGGAUGAUAGGUUUCGACUGCAGCGCCGUGGCUCUCUUGACCGCUCGCCAACCCGAAAGCGUGCCUCCUCCCCUGAUCGUCGACGGGCAAAAUCAGUGGAUCGCAGGGCAGAGCGAGCACAUCGGGAUGGUACUCCUGAGAGGGAGUGCGACGAUGGAGGGUUUCUGUCAGUGACCCCUGACCGCAAGUUCUAUGAGCAGCAGGCCUUCAAAGACGCACAUUUGUCCAGGCAAACCAGGGAAGCCUCAAUGCCGGAGCACAACAACAACAAUGGUGAUUCCUUGUCUCUCUCCUGGGGCCGUACACACGAUAAAACUAUGAAGAACGGCAACCUCACGAGAGACUCUUCUCCAGAGAGGAGGCAUGAUAAAUACCUGAUGAACAGAACACCCGAGAGGCGCUACAGAGUGGAGCGGGACUCAUCCCCGGACAGCAACUAUAGUCGUGAGGAGUUGAACUAUGCAGCAGCUCCCAGACUGAAAGACUACUACACCAUGAUGAAGAACAGUGCCAUGCACAACAAUGCUGCCUCCAACAACACAGGCCACAACAACAACAACAACACAGUGGGCCACAGCCCAAAUCAACUCCCUGAACCCAAGAGAAGGCUAUACAAAGAAAGCCCCAAAGACCUCAGCAUCUAGAGCAGAGCUCCCCCCUCGCCACUCUCAGCUCUACUUGUACAAACUCUGUACUAUACACUGGAAUUGGUCUUCUGAGGACUCUUAACUCUUGUGCUUUAGUUGGUCAAAUGGUUUAUUGAUUGAUUGGUUUAUUAACUAAUUGUGAUCCCAUCCAGAGAUUCAUAAAACAGCAGGGGUACAAUCCUUCUAUCAGUUCAUACUGGUUGUUUUGUCAUUGUUAUAGUUAUUUUGAACAUAACUGAGGUUGUUGUACUAUAGUAAAAGUAUUGUAUGUGCCUGCAUAUGAAAUCAGUGAUAUUGCUUUUUGUAGGCAUUGCUGAAUCUUAAGUAUUUGUUCCCUCAGAGGUAUGAAACAUGCUUCCAACUGUGGUAACUUCUAAAAACUCGGCUUGUUUGCAAGUUGAUUUUAAAUGUCUUUUCCAUUCCUAAAUUGCUUUACUGAACAAACUAUAGCACAAGACACUGAUGGUUCACAAGAAUUGUGAAAAUCAUGUUGUAUGUAAAGGCAAAAUAUACAUUUUGUCUGCUAGUAGAACUAAAGUGAUAAUUGCAUAAAUAUUUUUUUCAUGUGCUUACUUAUUUAUAUAUUUUUUAAAUUUGGCACAUAUGUUGAUCAAACAUGAUUAAAUCUUUAAGGACCAAGGUAGAAGUACACUGUAUCUGGGAAAGUAUGCUGUAUUUGUACCUGAGUCGGUAAAUGUGUGUCAGCUUCCCUUUGUCCGUUUCGCUCUCCGGUACAUGCUUCACAGCUGGAUGCCAGAUCGGAUUGUUUGUCAGCUCACUACAUCAAUGCUCAGCUGAGUGAUCUCAGAUAGCAUGGAGAAUACCACUGAUGUGAUCAGUGGAGAAAAUGGGUAAACGCUACGUAUACAUUUCAGUUCCUGAUUAAUCAGAGUGACUCUUUCCGUGCUUGGACAGAACCUGGAGUUCAGUGCACAUCCAGCCUGUUUAUAUAUUCUAAGGGAGACAGAAGUGUCGAGGCUGCACUCUGCGUUGUGUUGUUAUGACUCCGUCCAUUCGCUCCCCUCGGGACACGAACUCACGGGACUCAUGGGAGUCGGACUCUCUAACCAGAAGGCUAAAACCCAGGGCUCUGGCCUUGUGACCAGAGAAUCCUUUUGAGCUGUUGGGAGUGAGGUUUACUAACUACAUCUGCACAGCGACACCUGCUGGCCUCCAUUACACUCACCCCCCUAAACUCACUACCAUCCGGGUCAUGGCACCAUUGU